AUGGCCAACCUCCUCAGCCGGAUCUAUCCGCGCGGCACCCUCCUCCGCGGACUCAUCCCCUCGCGCCGGCACCUGACUGUCUUCCAUCGGCUGGCCGGGAGCGCCAUCGUACUCCUCGGGCUUGUCCACGGCGUGGCGCACCUGGUGAGCGCAACGCGCGUGGGCGCAGCGACGGCGGCAGAGCGUGAGUCGGCGUUCCCGGCAAGGUCGCGAUUGGCGACGUAUCGGACAGCUGACUCGGCCAUUGAGGUGAUUCUGGCCACGUGGCUUGGCUUCUCGGGCCUUCUCCUCCUCAUGCUCUUCUCCACAGUGGCGCUCUUCUCUAUCCCGCUCGUCCGCAAGGUUUGGUUUGAGCUCUUCUACGGCGUUCAUCACCUGGUCUUCCUCGCUACGGCCAUCGCCGCUGUACACCCGACAACGUCCCGGACGGCCUGGUUUGCGGGCCUUGGCCUCGGCGCAUACAUUGUCCACCGGAUGAUCUCAGUCGCGUCCUCGCUUAAGGCGCACGCCAUCACUGGCGCGGCGCUUACUGCUGGCCGGGUGGCUGCCAUCAAGUUCCGCGCCACGCCCGCCAUGCACAAGCACCUCGCACCGGGCACAUUUGUCUGGAUCAACCUGCCGUGGCUGGCGCGGCGCGAGUGGCAUCCGUUCUCCAUCGCGUCGUCGCCGCUGGCGGACGACAUCACGCUGUACGUUAAGGCCGUCGGCGGCGCAUCAUCGUGGACGUGCAGAGUAGUGGAGGCGGUGGCUGAGGAUGCAAACCGUGUGAUUGGGCGUUCGAUCCGGGUUGCCGGGCCGUUCCGAACUGACUCGCGCAACGUGGCCGCGUUUUCACACGCAAUCCUCAUCGCGUCGGGCAUCGGGGUGACGCCGUACGCGUCGAUUGUCUCAGACCUCAUCCACAGGGCUCAGCGUGGAGAGCUAGCGCGCGAGCAGACGAUCUCGUUCUGGUGGGUGACCCGCUCGCUUGACGACUAUGAGUGGCUGCUUGAGCUGCUUGCUGAGCUGGCGAGCCAGGCCAAUGCCGCGCUUUCGCCGUCGCCACAUCGGCUCGUCACCGACAUCCGGAUCUUUGUCUCAGGCGCGUCGCCGCCGUCGUCAGACGAUAUUCCGACGAGCCUCGCGGCGCACGCGGUCAUUGCCGCCGGGCGUCCUCAGUUUCCCUACAUGCUCGGCUACGCUGCAGCACAUCACACGGCCACCACGCCGCUGGGCGUGUUCUACUGCGGCAUCGCGUCGCUCGCGGACGAUGUCCGGGCGGCGGUGCGGGCGCUGCCGCACACCGAGUACCACGAGGAGAGCUUUGCGCCCCAUUGUGACGUGGUCCUCGACGUCGGCGAGCUCGGCCUCGAGCUUGUCCACGCGAGUGAUGUCGCCGCUGCGGUCGCACUCCCACCGUUUGGCCUCCGCCUCGGCAGCAUUGCACUCAUCAUGGUAGUCUCUUGGCUUGGCUUUCUCGCUCCGCUUGUCGCAAGCCGCUUCGGCCACGGUCCUGGAUCUCUGCUCCUCAAGUGUGGCGCUCUCUUUGGUGGAGGCGUCCUCCUCGCGACGGGAUUUGUGCACAUGCUCUUCCCCGCCCUCGUGGCGCUCACCAACCCCUGCCUCACCACGUUUUUUACCGACGACUUCCCCCCCUUAGCUAUGGCCGUCACGAUAGCCACCAUUCUCGGCGUGCACCUCCUCCACACUGUCAUCAGCCGCCACAUCCACUCGGUCCACCACGCGAUCCCUAACAAUUUCGUGCACUGUCACGAGUCGAGUUCUAUCGUCUCGUCCCGCUCCUCAUCCUCAGCAUCCUCCUCCGAUCCUGCGCGCUCGCAGAUCUCGCACUCGCACAGUGGAGACGCGAGUGCGAGUAAGGCGAGAUCUGACAUGGGGUCUGACUCUUCGCAGUUUGUGCAUCAGGAUUCGCAUGAGGACGUCCUCGCGCUCCUCCUCAUUGAUCAGCAGGUGAGCACGAUUCUGCUCGAGUGCGGCGUUGCGCUGCACUCCCUCGUCAUCGGGUUUGUCGUCGGGAGUGCGCGUGAGGAGUUUAUCACCCUCCUCAUCGCGCUCUCGGUCCACCAGUUUUCUGAAGGAAUGGCCCUCUCGUCGACAAUACUGAGCACGGCGUGGCGCCCACGCUUCAUUGUUCUGUUCGCCGUCCUCUUCAGCGUUACGACUCCGAUUGGCCUCACGCUUGGCAUCAUCUUUGCCUCGCGCUUUGACGCAAACGACCCCUCGUACCUCCUUUCUAUCGGCAUCCUCGACGCCGUCGCCGCCGGCAUCCUCAUUUACGACGCUCUCGUCAACAUCCUCGUCCCCGGAUUCAACGACAGGCUUGCACACGAGGCCUCCCCAAGCAGGCUUCUCCUUUUCACCGCGUCCGUCUGGACCGGAGCCGCCCUCCUUACCGUCAUCGGCGCAUGGAUUUGA